CAUAGAAAGUAUGCAGACCAUUAGACAGAGCGCAGAGAAAGGAAACACUGCAGAAAAGAUCACAAGGAGAAGAUCCAGAAAAAAAGAGAGACAAUGCUUCCACGGCUGGUUCUGAUCACAGUUCUUGGGCUCACAUGGACUAAAGUAACUGGACUGCCUUGCACUCAGAUGUUUCCCUCUCAGCUGCCCCCUUCAAAUGUUAACGUCGUUAAACCGUCAGAUGUGGCUGUGCUUUCCUCCAUUGGACUUCAAUUUUAUGGCCCUGAGCUGACUGCGGUGGUAUCAAGACUCGGAGAAUUGAUGACCCAGUUCAACCCUGCACUCAUCGGUCCUCUUUCCGAUGAGGCAAACCGGCCUGCCCCUCGGUUUGUUCAACACAGCACGCUGGUGGAGCAGGCGAAGGAACUGUCCCUCUCCCUCCAAAACAGUCAGGUCAUCGAUUUAGAUAAAGAUUGGAAGCUGGUCCUUCUCUUCGCUCAAGUGGAUCAGCUUUGUGCUUGUGAGCAGCAGCAGUUUCAGCCUAUUAUCAAAGACGUAGUUGAAGAGGUGGAUGAUGCUCUGCAGCUGCUGCACUCUGAGCUAAAGCGAGUCAUUGUCAGUGUUGCAUUGUGGGUUGGAGAACAUGACAAUGACAAGAUGUGUCGAUGCGCAGAGACGGAUGAGGAAGGAGAAGCCAGACUUCAGAGGGCCAUGCUUAGUCAUGCUCUGCAGGAGUCUUUGGAUGAGCUCAUGAUGAGGAGGCGUUGGUACGGGGAGAGAGAUGACUUCACUGUCGUUGUGCAGGACACACCGUUCAUCGCAGGCCCUUCUACCGUCUCUAUUGGGGAGCCUCUCUCUGCGCCGCGAGCAGCACAACAAGCUGAUAAACUGAUGUUGCAGAUGUGGACAAACCUGCUGCAGCCCAUGAAUGGCCAACAUGACACAGAAGACAAUGAAAACAUUAUUGCAUUGCUAUGUCCGGCUGAGGGCCGACCAUUCCUGAGGACGCAGGGAAACUCUCCUUCGUAUCCUCAAAUAGACGUCUCUCCUCUCGUCCACCCAUUUACAGGCACAGAGAUGCCCUGCGAGGACCUCCGUCCCUCACCUUCCACACCCGCCUCAGUGCAUGAGCUCAGGCCUGGAGAUAUCAAAGUGGUGGCUGCAGUGGGAGACUCUUUGACAGCAGGGAACGGUAUCGCAACCAUCGCCAAUGACAUCCUGGAUGUCAUGACUCAGUACAGAGGUUUAUCGUGGAGUAUUGGUGGAGAUGAAAACCUCACAACUGUCACCACGCUGCCCAACAUCUUAAAACAUUUUAACAAAAACCUGACGGGCUAUUCUGUUGGCAAGGGCCAGCAGCAAACUCCUCAGGCUUUCCUCAACCAAGCUGUGGCGGGAGCCAAAAGCAGCGGCAUACCCUCACAAGUGCGAGCCCUGGUGGCAAGAAUGAAGAACGAUUCUCGAAUCAAUUUUGAAUCAGAUUGGAAGUUGAUCACCUUUCUCAUUGGUGGAAACGAUGUCUGUGACCAUUGCUCCAACUCCCAACUUUAUUCUAAAGAGAAUUUUAUUCGUCAUGUUCGAGACAGCCUGGAUUAUCUACACAAAGAGGUUCCUCGAGCUCUGGUGAAUUUAGUAGAGCCUCUCCAUAUAACGUCUCUGAGAGAAAUGCAUAUUGACACUUCACUUAAAUGUCCAACUUGGCUGGUAAAAAUACUGUGUCCUUGUGUAAUUUUGCCAAAGCCCGACUCUAAAGCUCUCCAAAUGGUGGAGGACAUCAAUGAAAGCUAUCAGCGUUCGCUGCAUAGUCUUGUGGAAUCAAGCCGGUACGACACUCACUCAAACUUCACUGUGGUCAUCCAGCCUUUCUUAAGAGACAUCGUUGUCCCCAGACUGCCCGAUGGCCGAGCAGAUCGCUCCUUCUUCAGCGCUGACUGCUUCCAUCUCAGCCAGAAGGCCCAGACGCUGAUGGCUCGCUCCCUCUGGAAAAACAUGCUAGAACCUCUGGGCAAUAAGACUACCAUAGAAGAUUUUUCUGCAGACACUGUGCUGAAAUGUCCAACCAAGGCUUCACCAUACAUCCGGACCUAUAAAAACAGCAAUUACUUGUAUGCUGGUCCUUCCCCAACACCAGAACCUAUCACAAACUGGGGGAAUAAUUUCUCAUGUGAGGACAUUGCUCCAUCUGACCCACAGCCAACUUCAGUUCACAAGCUGAGACCAGCAGACAUCAAGGUGGUGGCAGCACUGGGAGACUCUGCAACGGCAGGCACUGGCGCUAAGGCAAAGAACCUGUUUGACCUGAGUAAAAACUAUAAAGGAGUAUCAUGGAGCAUUGGGGGAGAUAAUACUCUGGAGACUGUCACAACACUACCAAACAUCUUGAAGAAGUUCAACCCUUCCUUAAAAGGCUUCUCCAAAGGCCAGGGCUCCAUCCGGCAGGCCUUCAACUUAGCUUCACCUGGAGCUAAGGCCUCAGACAUCCCGAAUCAAGCCCAAGCUCUGAUCAAGGCAUUGAGAGAAAAUAAGGAGGUGAAUUUCGAAAUGGACUGGAAAAUUGUGACAAUAUUUAUUGGAGGAAAUGAUCUUUGCAAUUACUGCAUAGAACAAAAUAAUCUGUUGCCCAUGAACUACAGCCAGAAUAUAAUGCUCAGUUUGGACAUGUUUUACAAAGAGGUACCGAGGCUGUUGGUUAAUCUUGUGGAAAUCUGGCAGAUAGAUAUGUUGAAAUCGGUAAAGAGGAACACGCUGGGCUGUUCCCUGUUGCAGAGGAACCACUGUCCCUGUGUCAUCAACCCAGCCGAAAACUCCCCAGAGCUUCAAGAGAUAAAACGAAUCAAUCGCGAGUAUCAGGCUGAGAUACAGCAUCUUAUUUCUGGAAAUCGCUAUGAUGGAAAAGAAGAUUUUGCUGUUGUCCUUCAACCGUUUUUACACAAUUCCUUCAUUCCUUAUGUUGGAGAGGGUGAGGUUGAUUCUACUUUCUUCUCUUUGGACUGUUUCCACAUAAGUGAGCGAGCUCAUGCUGAGAUGGCCAUUGCUUUGUGGAAUAACAUGUUAGAGCCCGUAGGCCAAAAGCAGACCUACAACAACUUCACAUAUGACCGCUCUAAGAUUCAUUGUCCCUCUAAGGCCAGUCCCUUCAUCUUCACCAAGAUCAACAGCCUGCCAAGUCCACCAGUAACCAGCACAACCACAGCAGCUUCCACAUCGACCACUACGGCCUCCAGCCACAGUUAUGCAACGGACAUUCCUGGGAGCCAGUGUCCUCCCUCGAUGCCCGAGUGGGUGCCAGUGGUUGUGGGAAUUGGAGGUUUACUCGUUGGCGUUGUGCUCGCUUGGCUAAUUCUCUCCCGCUGUCAGCGUCGUAAAAGUAAUGUGGAGAAAGCUGUAGAAUUGAGAGGAACCUUUUUUUGAUACAGUUGUUUAAGCCUUUAAGCGGCAUCAAAUGCUGGUCUUACCACUGGAGCGGAGACACUUGUUUCGAAUAUUUCUAUUUAGAAUCUGGAGAGAACCCUCAUUACCACAUUUUUCGAAUCCAGAUGUGUUGUACAUUUAUCUUCUCCAUUUUAUUUUUUAUAGAAUCCCUCCAAAAGUAAUACCUCGAAUAAUGGAAACACAGUUAAUUGACCUAUAAAACAGUAAUACUGUACGUACUGUGUGUCAUUAUUGCGGAAGUCUCUCAAAGUUUGUAUGGACACGUGUGGUAUGUCAGUAGUUUUGGUGAUCCUACUAUAAGGUUAAUAUUUAUUGUUUAUGGGUUAAUGUCUGGACAAAUAUUGGAUGGAUAACCACAAAUAUAUUGUUUUUGACAUUCAUGCUCUCAGGGGGUGCAUUUUGUUGUAUACAAUUACCUUUUGUCUCUCACGCAGGAAACUGAUUUUUGCUGAUUUUUUCUGAUCCAUAAACUUAUAAUGCACACAUGUAUCCUCACAAGUGUUUGUCAUGAUCUAUCUAUGUUGCAUAAUUAUUUAAUGAUUCUACCUUAAGUUGAUCUGUUUAUAUUUAGUGAUUUCAUUUAAAAAGCUUGCCUUGGAAUCAUCAACGUGUGUGCCUCAAUGUUUGCAGACCUUGUUGGUGCUCAGAAGUGUUUGUUUGUCUUGAACCUAAUUAUCUUUGACUGAAAUGGCCACACAGUUGUUCCCAACCAACCAAAGCAAUACUAUUAGAACAACAUUUGUAAGGAUGAGUCUAAUAUAUUAUGUUUUUGUUUGUUUUGAAUAUUCUUUCUUGUGAUUCUCUAGUAUAUUAAAUGGAAAACUGAAAUAUAGCACAAGACAAAAGUGGUCUGUUAAUAAGCCAUUG